GCGUUGAGUUAAAUGUAAUAGUUAUAAAACAUUUUUAAAUUGUAAUUAAAAAUAAUUGCAACAAUGUGCAAAUUAUUCAGUUUAUUAGCUAUAUUCAGUAUUAUUUCAUUGGUUCUCGGUGAAUCGGGUAAAUGCUCGUGGUAUGGACAGGAAGCUGAGGGCGCAGUGACCGCAUGCGGACAGAUCUUUCACAUGAAAGAGAUGACGGCCGCACACAAGACCCUCCCAUGCGGUACACGGGUUAAAGUGAACGCCAAUGGGCGCAGUGUUGUGGUGACGGUGACUGACCGUGGUCCUUUUGUGCCCGGACGCAUACUUGACCUGAGCAAAGGUGCGGCAGAAAAACUAGGCUUUAUCGAUGCUGGUGUGGUCAGCUGUAAUGUGACACCCAUUUAAACAUCAUACUCGUGAUUUAUAGUAAAGAUUAAUUUAUCUAUAUUUAAAUUAAGUUUUGUAAUGAGCUUUUUUAAUUAUAACAAUUUAUAAAAAUAACAUUUUGU